CGGGGCGGCUGGAGCGAGUCCGAGCGCUCGAGCGAAUGGAGCCGCAGUUUGUGGUCGCCAUUAGCGUGGGGUAAGGAGGAGGGAAAGGGAUCAGUGAAAAUCCGAGUGAGGAAAUCGGACGGGCGUCUGGGUUCGUUUAUAAAGCUCCCAACAUCUUGAAGGGAGGAGGAGGAGGAGAGAAAAAAAAAGCUUAAUUGUUCAAUCAUUCGACGAGGUCUUUCCGAUCCCCCCCCCCCCCCCCCCCCUUCCCUCCCAUCCCUGUCUCCGGGUGUUUUCCCUCCCCCGGCCCCAGAGUGUCUGAGGAGCCGGGGCCAUUCCAAAGGGAGGGUAUCAGGGGGUGUGGUGGUGGUGCUGCUGCUGCUGGUGGUGGUGGGUCGUCAUGUCGGAAGGGGAGAAAGCGGCGACAGCGGCGGCGGUGGCCGCAGUGGCGGACAAGGCGGCCGAGGCCAUGAACGCGCCCGCCGAGGUGGAUGACGAGGAGGAGGAUGAGAGCGAGGACGAGAGCGAGAUCCUGGAGGAGAGUCCGUGUGGUCGCUGGCAGAAGCGGAGGGAGGAGGUGAAUCAACGGAAUGUUCCUGGAAUUGACAGCGCAUACUUGGCAAUGGACACGGAGGAGGGAGUGGAAGUUGUGUGGAAUGAAGUCCAGUUCUCAGAACGAAAGAAUUUUAAGCUGCAAGAGGAUAAGGUUAAAGCUGUCUUUGACAAUCUCAUCCAGCUGGAGCACCUGAACAUUGUGAAAUUUCACAAGUACUGGGCAGAUGUGAAAGAAAAUAAAGCUAGGGUUAUAUUUAUAACAGAAUACAUGUCAUCAGGAAGCUUAAAACAGUUUUUGAAGAAAACUAAGAAAAACCACAAAACUAUGAAUGAAAAGGCUUGGAAGAGAUGGUGCACCCAAAUUUUGUCUGCCUUGAGCUACCUCCACUCUUGUGAUCCUCCCAUUAUCCAUGGCAACCUGACUUGUGACACCAUAUUCAUCCAGCAUAAUGGUCUUAUAAAAAUUGGGUCUGUUGCACCUGAUACAAUUAACAACCAUGUGAAAACAUGUAGAGAGGAACAGAAGAACCUGCACUUUUUUGCUCCAGAAUAUGGAGCUGUAACAAAUGUGACUACGGCUGUUGAUAUUUAUUCAUUUGGAAUGUGUGCAUUAGAGAUGGCAGUAUUGGAGAUCCAGGGUAAUGGAGAAUCAUCAUAUGUGUCGCAAGAAGCAAUCAAUAAUGCAAUUCAGUCACUAGAAGAUACGCUGCAGCGAGAAUUUAUUCAGAAAUGUUUGGAGGUUGAUCCUGUCAAGCGACCCACUGCACGAGAGCUUCUCUUUCACCCAGCUCUGUUUGAAGUACCUUCACUAAAGUUGUUAGCAGCACAUUGUAUCGUCAGUCAUCCUCACAUGAUUCCUGAAAAUGCUUUGGAAGAAAUAACAAAAAGCAUGGACAUGAAUGCAGUUCUAGCAGAGAUUUUCCAUCAUGAUGCAGAGGGAGUACAGAUCAGAUUCUCCCAGUUUCCUGCACUGGAGUUGGAUAAAUUUUUAGAGGAUGUGAGGAAUGGUAUUUAUCCUUUGACUGCGUUUGGAAUGCCAAUGCAUCAGCAACCCCAACAGGAGACUGUGACAUCGCCUAUUAUCCCACCAUCUGUGAAAACCCCAACACCAGAACCUGCAGAGCUGGAGACCAGGAAGGUCGUUCAGAUGCACUGCAAUAUUGAGCCAGUUGAUGAAGGAGCCAAGCAUCAUUUAACUCUACUCUUGAAACUGGAAGACAAGCUAAAUAGACACCUCAGCUGUGACCUGUUGCCUAAUGAGAGCUGUCAGGAGCUGGCAGCAGAACUUGUUCAGCUGGGAUUCAUCAGUGAGAUUGAUCAGAGCCGGUUAACCACUUUGCUCGAAGAUGCAUUCAGCAAGUUCUUCUACAGCAGGAAUGGCUCUCUCUCCGAUGUCACCGUCUCAUCAUAGCUACGCUAGAGUCAUCAAUUGACGCAGCUACUUCAUUACCGGUCUGAGACGGGCAAAAGACGGCAUCGCAGAAAGCCAUGCAUUCUGGCUCAAUUGCAUGUUGUAGUAUGGUGAUGUUGAGUUCCCAGCUACAAAUGGUGAACAUCCCACCUUUUGAAAAGUUCUGUUGUCAGUAUUAUGUCCCAUUUGUGCUUCACCUGUGACUGUCGUAUUUUCUUUCGCCGUAUGACUCGCAGAGCGCUGCCACAUUGGAAAGGCGCUUUUCUCUUAAUGGAAGUAUAUGUGGAUUGGAGGCAGGGUGGAGGGGGUAGAAGGCUGCUUAAACUGACGUGGAGGCUCCACAGAGAAAAAGUGAGGGGUCUGCACAUAAUGAAGUAUCACUAGAUACGUUUUUGUGAACUCUUUCAAUAUGUUGUAUCGCUUUAUAUAUAUAUAUGCCAGUGAUGUGCAUGUUUCCUCUAUGUUGUAUAAUCUUUGCACAUUUGUUUUCCAAGAUGUGGGAUGCUAGGUGAUUUUAAUGACUUCUGACAGUGUUCCAAUAAUCACACUUUUUAAGAGGCCACCCCAUGAAAGAAAGUUCCCACUAUUUUUCAGUGGUAAUAAAUCCAAUGGUUAUCUAGUCUUUUUAAGUAGCCAGUUCAAUGAACCUGUCCCAAUUGGUCAGUGGAAUUUCAGUGAAUUGUUCUGGAUCCAAACACAAAAUUGAAACAUCCCACUGUCGUUUCUCCAAUGUGUAUAGAAUUCCUGACCGGAAAUGAACUUUCAUUGCAAAUUAGUUACAAGUCUUAGGAGUCAGUUGAUACACCGGGGCUGCCUUUGUUUUAACUGAAUGCUUUAUUGAAGCCUUCCUUCACCCUGUCCCAGCCUUUUAUGUAAAGCCAAACAGCGAUGCAGACCUGUAACCCUUACUCUGUAGUAUUUUGAGUUAUGCGUGGCUGAAGUUGUGUAGCAAUUCCUGCUAUUUGUUUUGGUACAGGAGCACACCAUUGCAAUUGUAUUGAUCGUUUGUUAGCCAUGUGUUUCUGUGAGGUCAGUUGGCCAAAGGAAGUUGAAAUGAUUUGUGUUUCAUCUUCUGUCUUGAGCCAAAUAAUGCCAUAAUAAUAUAUGGGCAUGUUUUUUUUUGGUCAUUUUUAAUUUGUGUGCAAAGAGAAGGGUGAAGUCUGCUUGCAAGAACCAGUUUGCCAGUAACCUUUUCUGAUUAAGUCUUGCAUUUUCUCAUCUUAGUUUCUUGUAUAUGUUGUGGAAUGUUUUCAACUCUAUCUGCACAUAGACAAUGGAAUUUUCAGAUAAAGGGAACUGAAAGGGGCUAAUUUAAGAUGGUAAAAAGAAAAAUUCAGUGUGGGGUGGGCAGAGUGGGGGAGAAUUGAAGACUUAAUUAGAAUUGCUGUAACUUUUGAGAAUUUCAAAACACUGUAUUGUGGCAUUGUUUGAAGCCCUGUCUGCGUUUAAUGCAGCAUUCAUUGGAGCAAAUAUACUGUACUGAAAAAGCAGUGCGUGGCUGUUCUUUUGUUAACUCCGAUUGAGUAGCAAAACAUUGUGUUUUGAAUUUGUGUGGGUGAUUGCUUUUCAGGUUUCCCCCUGCCUUGCAGCUCGUGUGUAUUGAAGUGGUCAGGUAUAAAAGGAUGGUUACCCAUACCACUGUACCAGCAGAUUCUAAACACCAUUCCAUGUAUAUUGUGGAGCAUUGCUUGCUGUGAAUUUAUUUUAAAAUCAUCUUUGUUUGAACUAUUUGAAAUUCAUUCACACUUUUGUUCGAACAAAUUUAACAAGAGAGGUCAACAAUAGAGCUUUCAAAUUCAAAAUUAAUGAGGUAAAAAUGACUUUUGGAAAUUGAAUUUUUUUGUUUAUUUUAUAACCUCGAGCUUAAUAACACUGGGACAACUAGUGUCCUGAUACUGUGUCAGUGACACGUCACCUUAACAUGAAAGAUCAGUGCAAAACUAGUUUUGCUAAGUACGCGUUAGGUGAAGGGGACCAAUGGCCAAGUUUGUAUCCAUCUGCAGUUUCAAGACUGUUUCCCAGAAUCUGAAAAUCACACUUUUCCAGUUCUACAGCUGCUUGAAACCUUUGGGGUAACCCUAAAUUGCAUAGGUUUGAGAGAGUCUACAUCACUUGUCCCUUGGGUGUGAGUCGGUUCUGUUGAUCGUGGUCUUUUGCUUCAGUGAAAAUUUCACUUGGCGUUUAUUGUAAGAUUCACUGUUUUAUAGCUAUGUCGCUUAUUUGGGGGAAAGCGGUGUCUUUUCCAAUCCUGAAAUGAUGCGUCACUGCAUGGUUUCUUCUAAGGUUGAACACAUUAUUGUGCAAUGUCAUGAGCUGUCCUGCUUGAGGAGCAGAUGACUUAACAUGGAACUAACUUGCAACUCAAGUACAAAUGUAUCACAGCAAUGUGCAUAACCUUUAAACCAAGGUGACAGAAGAUUGCAAAUAAGUUCAGAUUGUGUCUUUGCCUCCAGUUAAAGCUGCUGAGGCUUGCCAGCCCCUUAGGACUACAAUGGCUAAUUAAGCUUGCAUUUAGGUGCACAAGAGAGUCCAUAAUUUCAAGAAGUUGCCUACUGUUUUUUGUUUCCCUUUUUCAUCUCUUCCUCCCCCACAAAAAUAUUUGAGUUAUGUUAUGAAAAUUGGUUUGGCCUCCAGCUGCCUUUCUAACAAAAGAAAACAAAAUUAGUAAUCCGUUCUGAAUUUUGCGUUUAAUCCUAGAGGACAAGGAUCUGGAGGUCUUCCUAAUUUCUGUUAGUCACUGCAUCUCUCGAAAUUUAAAACUUGGUCUGUGCUGACGGUUUUGGGCACCGGUCAAAAUUGCACCCUUGGUGAGAAAUAUCCUUUUUAAAAACUAUUUCUUUAAAGUGCAUUUGACAGUAACUUUUGGGGCAGAGGAUAUUCUUAGUGAAAUUCACCAUCAACUUGGAUUGUCUUUCUUAAUCCCAUAGCUAGUAUGUCACACAAUAGAAAUUUGAUUUGACUACCUUCCGUAAAUGACAGGGGUCAGUAGGUAAAUAGUUUAUUUUGGGAGGCUAAUUCCAUUUUUUUUUAAACUGCAUCUUUAAAAAAAGACAUUGGAAAUAUUGUGUGCAAAGUCUGUUUUUGGCCAUCUCCAUUGGAGCCAAGGUUUCCUCCUUGUAAAUUCCUAUUUUUGAAAUUUAUAAAGGUUUGUGAUUUAUGUGGCUAGGGGAUGUGUGGGGAGAGAAAAAUAAAGAUUAAUUAGUUUUGGUUUUCCAAGGGAAAAAUCUUUAAUAGCUCCUUGGUUAUACUUGGAUAUUUUUCUUUUCAAAGUGGCAAGAAUGCUUAAUGAAAGCUUGCCAAAUAAAUAUAUUUCUCACAGUAGUCAGCAGAGUUUGAGUUACAACUGUCUGUGAUGCUGCAUUAUUGUUGCGGAAAGCAUUUCAGUCGAGCAAUCUAGCAGGACAGCAAGUCACCUGUGCGUUUUGUCCCUUGGUUUUGUUACUGACUGACUACUUUUUAACUCAAACAGAAAUAGUUGUAACGUAAUCUUUUGUUCCCCUUUUCCUAGCUGUGAGCUAAUGUUGAAGAACAAUGGUUUUGUUAAAAGCUAGGGAAGGGCACAGAAUGUUGAAGGGUUGGCCUGCAAUAGUUGUAUUAUUACCCUCUUUUAACCCUUUAGCCAUCCCUGUGGCACAUGUCCUGGGAAAGGGGAGGGCACUUAUACGUCACAAAAUAUUAUGAACAAGCGGUAUAGGAGAAAUGUUGAUAUUUGCCAAGGCUAGACUAGGAAAAGAAGGGAAUUCUACCCAGUUAAGUCCUAUUAGCAGAAGAAUUAGUAAUAAAACACAAUGUAAGCAUAUGGGGUACUGUGAAUUUUCCAUUCUCAAGUGAUUACAAGCAAAAUUUUGCACUGUUUACACAUUAUGAAUUUCUGAAUCUGCUCUAAGUGCUGUGAUUUAGUCCGUUGACAAGAUGACAAUGGUCCCUUCCCUCCUAAGGGGAAAGAUUUAAUUCCAAGCUGGGAUUGCUUUAAUUCCUUUAAACACAUCCUUUGAUAACACUGGCUGUGGGUCUUGAAGUACACUACUACAGUUUAUUCUAUUUUCUUUGGAACCAAUCGCUGUCUAUCCUGAGUUGAUGGAAAGACACUGACAGUGUAUAAAAUUUGGGGGAGGCUCAAUUUCUAGAUAGUUGGGCCUUUGUUGAGCAGUAGCAUUCAAAUGCUUGCUAAUGUAUUGCUUUCACACUGGGCAACACCAGUGAGAUCAGUCAUCUAGCCUGCAAUCAUUGCGAGGUUACCACAUGAAUUUUCUGCAGGUGUUUCAUUUGCAUGUUUUAGCCAAUAACGGGGUUACCAUACAACUGUUACCCACUGAUAUCUGAUACUCUAGUAUGAUACAAUACACACUUCAUCAUAUCCUAGAUUUCUUUGGCUGGCCGUGAGAGGGAGGGAAGUGAUUGCUUUCUGCUUUAGGAUUAUUGGCUCUAAACCUGCUGUAUAGUAAUAGCAAAUCAUGGCAUAUGUUGAUGCCUUAUGAAUACAUGCCACUCAACAGAAAUUGACCUGAAGAUUGAUUACUUCAUUAACGUGAUUAAAAUGUUAUUGACCGUCUCGGAGAGAGGAAAACCCACGUACCAGUGCACGUCACUCCACUUGUUAUCCUGGUUGUGUUGCAGCUGGCAAUUAAGUUGACACAAUUUUUCAGUGGCUCCCACUAUCCUAACCUUGGGCAUUCUGGAGAUAACUACAAGAUGCCAAAAGGUUCCCAGUUUAAUUGGUCAUGGUAGGUUAUAGAGUGAAAGUUCAUUUGCUAGACUGGUUUAUACAUGUAUUUUUGCCUCAAAUCCUGUUUCAUAUGAACUGUGCUGGUGCAGAAGGCACUUACACUUAUAAUAUGAGGCUUUUGAAGAUAAAUGUUCAAUACAUAAUCCUGCUGAUUUCAACAGCUGGCCAGAAUGAAAAUCUCAAAUGGCCUUUUAAAAAUUCAAGUCAAAGUGCAUAAAUGGAGAAAUGCAAUGUAGAAUGUUGAGCAUUAUGUUGUUUGAGUUGUACAGGAGUUCCCAAUCUUGACUGAUUCAAGAGAAGAGACACUGAGCAGAAUGCUAACUAUGUCCUUAUAGUGAUCCAGAAUUUUUUUUUUCCCAAGUAAACUGCCCCUUAGGAAGAACUCCAAUAUGUCCUAGAGAAUCUUGAAUUAAAAACAGGGGGGAACUUGAUUUCAGGUCUGGGUUUGUUCAGGCCAGAAUGCAACGUAACAGGGAAAUAGUCAAUUUCUUGCUAAAAACUUUGAGCUUGUAUCUAUCUCGAGCUAUUUCUUGCUAUUCCAUGUUCUUCUUGAGGCAAACUGGAUGCAAGUGAGAGUUCAGACCUGGAUUUUAAUUCAAACGUUUUCAUUGAUUUUCACAAACAUUUAAGUAAGAAGUAACAUGGGUGUGAGAAUGCCCAAUGUAGCUGUGGGAACGAUGCAAUCAUAAAACUGUGUUGCCAUAGGUUGUGUUUGAAGGAAUGCAAUUGUUUUUGUCCCAGUCCUAAGGAAUUAAGGGAAAAGCUUACUUAUUAGCUUUGCACAAUGUGGUGAUGUCUUGCAGCAUUCUUUUUGUUACACUAGUUCUGUAUUGUACCAGAACUUAUUUAAAUGCAGAAUGUGUAAAUAUGAAAAUAGAAAGAACUUUGAAGGUGGGUUGAAAGAAUUUUCAACUAUUUUUUAAAAUGGUCAGUCACACAGCUUUCACCUUUUUUGUUCAGCUUUGUUGAAAUAAAAAAAAUGUAAAUUUC